GCCCACCGCCAAGCGGAAAUUUCCUCUGGGGCUAGAUUUCUCAAACCACAGAACUGCUCUCCUCUAGCGGGUCCAGCGGCUGACGCUGAAGAGGACGCGGUUUCCCUGAGUGUCGCGUCCGGCUUCCAGCCAGAUCCGCCCCCUGCGGUGGGAACCCAGAGACUCUAGCCCCACGCUGGCAGGGGGAAAAGCCGUGAGGUGAUGUCUCACCGUGAUGGCCUGCAGGAUCAUAAACAAAAGAAGGCAUGUGGGACUUCAACAGCUUUCUUCAUUUGCAGAAACAGGCAGAGCAUUCUUAGGUCCAGUAAAAUCAUCAAAAUUUAUUACUGAUGAAGGAUGUCACAAAAGUGUAUUGGUCAGUUCAACAGUAAGGCUUCUUGAAAGUUUAGAUACGACCAGUGCUGUGGGCCAGCUUCUCAAUGAAGCAGUUCAAGCACAGAAUGACACAUACAGAACUGGAGCCACCACUCUUUUAUUUCUUGCUGGUGCGUGGAGCAGAGCUGUUGAAGAAUGUCUCCAUCUGGGUGUCCCCAUUCCUAUCAUAGUGUCAGUCAUGUCGGAAGGCUUGAACUCUUGUAGUGAGGAGGUAGUUUCCCUUCAGGUACCGGUCCACAAUAUAUUUGACCAUAUGGACAGCACAGAGGCAGUUUCUGGACUCGAAACAGUUAGUGGCAGUUCUUUGCUACAAGACCUUUCAGAGGCUAUUUCAGUACCGGAAAAACAGGAUCUCAAAGAUGAUGUACCUCAGUUAGCCACUUACAGUCUUUCUGAGAAACCUGGUAAAUCACCUAAAUUCUUCAAACCUCAGGCUACAGUUGAAGCAGGUAAAAACACAUCACAAACUCUGAAAAAUCUGCAUACAGAUACCUGCUUCAGAAAAUCAGUACUCAUCCACAGUAGGCAUUUUAAAAGGACAGAUAAUAAUCAAGGGAUAUGCACACCAAAUAGAUUUCUGGAACAGUGUGGUGCUGCUACUUUCCAAACUUACGGAUGUCGUGAUUUGGUUGAGUUGGCAGUGGGCUUGAGUCACGGAGACGGGAGCAGCAUGCAACUCGUAGAAGCAGCAGUACGGCUGCAGUAUCAGAAUGCGUGUAUGCAACCAGGCAGCCGUGCAGCGCCAUUUAUGUUUGACAUUUCAAGACUCUUCACUUUCUGUCUACCAGGCUUACCUGAAACCUUUUCUUGUGUUUGUCCGGGAUAUAUCACUCUAGUAUCAAUAUCUAGUGCUGCUAUGAUCCAGGAAUUGCAAAAUCGGCCUAUCCGGGUAGUUCUCAUUGAGGGUGACCUCACAGAGAGUUAUCGCCACCUGGGAUUUAAUAAGUCUACACAUAUUAAAACGGUGCUAGAUGGCGUCAAGCUUCAAGAAGACAGCUCAGAAGAACUGUGGGCAAAUCAUGUCCUACAGCUAUUAAUCAAGUUCAGUGUGAAUCUCAUCUUGGUAGAAGGAAAUGUAUCUGAACACUUAAUUGAAAAGUGCAGGCACAGAAACCAGCUGAUCAUUGGGUCAGUGAAUGGCCGUGUGAUGCAGACUUUUGCAGAGGCUACAGGAGCAGUGCAGGUGGCCUAUAUCACACAAGUGAAUGAAGACUGUGUGGGCAGUGGGGUAUCUGUGACCUUCUGGAGAAACCCCUUGGAUGAUUUAGAUAGAAGCAACAGAAUGGCAAUCUUAUUAAAAACAGAAGGAAUUAGUAUGAUUACAGCAGUGCUCACUAGCCCAGUCAGGGCGCAGAUGCAAACCAAAGAAGACAGGUUCUGGACCUGUGCAUAUCGUGUACAUCAUGCUCUAAAAGAGGAGAAGGUCUUCCUUGGAGGCAGCGCAGUUGAAUUUUUGUGUCUUAGCCAUCUCCACAUUCUUGCUGAGCAGCCUCUACAAAAAGGAGAUCACGCCUGUUUGGGGCGGCUUCAUGACACUUCCUCUUGGCUUGCCUCAUCUCUGGCAAGUUACAGACCAACUGUGCUUAAGUGCCUGGCAGAUGGAUGGCACAGAUACCUCUCAGCUCUUCUAUGUAACACCGCCACUUACUCAUCAGAAUUGGAAGCCAGCACAUUCGUUCAGCAUCAUGUACAAAAUGCGGUAGACUCUGGCUGCCCAUCAGCUUAUAUCUUGAAAGAAUACAAUAAACUAAAUAGUGGAAUUUUUAACUUGGGCAUUUCAAAUAAACCAGAGCAAAUUCCAAGAGUUUAUGAUGUUGUCACACCAAAGAUCGAGGCAUGGCGCCGAGCACUGGAUUUAGUACUCUUAGUGCUGCAAACAGACACUGAAAUUAUUACUGGGCUUGGACAUACACAGAUAAAUUCACAGAAAUUAGAGGGUUGCUUGUUUUUGUAAUGUUAUUGACUAAGUCUUUGGAAAACAAUCUUUUGUAAUAGAUCAUACUAUAAUAAAUUUAUUGAUAGUAAA